GUCUUGAUCUGUGCAUGAGUUCGCAACUACUUGCUAUAUCAUUGUACAUGGCACGGCCGGAUGUUUCUCAAACACCUCGACCUCACGACUGCGUUGAGGCCGUUGUAUCUACCAGAUGAGGUGUUACUAUUUGUCCAGGACAAUGUGGGACUCUAUGAGGGAAAAUUCAAAAUCCCAAGCCAUCAGAAUGGCUCAGUAUAUCUAACCUCACAUCGAAUUUGUUACAUUGAUACAGAAGAUCCACGGAAGAAUUCUGUAGCUAUAGACUUGAAGGAGGUAGAGCGGCAUGAAUUCUAUGCGGGUUUCAUGAGAUCAUCCGCAAAGAUUACAUUAUUCCCAAAACCUUCGAAAAGGUCCUCAAUACAAAAUCGAGCUAUAUCGAAUCUUAGCCAGCCAUCCCGAAGUGCUACUGCUUCUCCUUCCCCACGAACAGACAGUCCAUUUCAUCUGCCAACUUCUGACCCCUCUCCUGUCGGUCCUGGCACUUGGAUAUGUCCGAUUUGCUCUUUUUCGAAUCCCGUACCUUCGAAUUUCGACCCCUACACGGCCAGCGAGCGCACGCCUUUGGCUCCUUGUCUGGCCUGUGGCAUAAAGCCUCCAUAUGCCCUUGUUAUGAAGGCAGCGAUUGCAAGUGCCACGAGUCGACCGGCCCAGCCGUCCCCGGUGCCUGUGAGGGCUCCAAUACCAGUUCGUGGACGAACAGACCAGCCUCGAUCACAACCAGACACAUGGCACCUUUCCUCGAGUGAAGGGACGGAUGUCCAGAAGAGUGCUACGGCGUCAUUUCAGUGUCCGAGAUGUACUUUUCUGAAUCACCCAUCUCUGUUAUCCUGUGAGUUGUGUGGUGCUCCACUGAUCUCGCAAGAUGCUAGUCGUAUCGCUCAGCCACCGGUACGGACCGAGUCUCCUGGACCGGUUCUGAACACUAUGCCUCUCCCGGGAAUGGAAAGUAAUGAGAUUAAAAUUUCUUUUCGAACGGGAGGAGAGAAAAUAUUCCUUGAACGCUUGAAGGGCAGCAUGACACAAAGAAAAUGGCUGUUGCAGAAUGCACCACCUGUGCCAACAGUGGAAGAGAGAACGAUUGCAGGUUCGGGGUCAAGUACACCUACUGGUGAGAGAGUCAAGACAGGGGGUAUUGCUGGCCUUGAGCAGAGGAGUCGUGAAUUGCGGAAGAACAAUGAACUUGUCAUUGGAAACGCUUUCGAGGACCUAGAAGCUCUGAUGGCGUCUGCGAAGGAGAUUAUUGCUCUUGCGGAAUCGUUUGCAGCUACAAAUGGAACGAGUGGAAGCUCCGACUCGAGUGCAGUCGCCAAUGCUUUGGGUCUGGUGACCACUAAAGAUAUGCUUGGUGGAGGAAGUAACUCGGAAUCUCUCUAUAUCUCCGAGCUAUCAAGAAACUUGGCAGAAUUUCUCACGGACGACGCGAGAGGGGUUCUCCGUAAAGCGGGCGGCAUCAUAAGUCUGGUAGAUCUCUGGGCAGUGUUCAAUCGAGCACGUGGAGGUGUGGAGCUUGUCAGUCCUUUGGAUUUCGAAAAGGCUGCUAGGUUGUGGGAGAAGUUAAAACUUCCAGUGAGGUUAAGACAGUUCAAAAGCGGGGUUCUAGUGGUACAAGCUAGUGACCGUACGGAUGAAAAAACCAUAAAGACACUCCUUGCAUGGCUCAACGACCUGCACGUCUUUCCACCAGAUAAAGAUCUCUCCUGGGAUUGGCAAGUCUUUGGAGGAGGCAUUACUGCCCAAGAUGCAGCAGAGAGAUUUGGAUGGAGCAUUGGUGUGGCAGAAGAAGAAUUGGAAAUGGCAGAAGAGAAAGGAGCCUUGUGCAGAGAGGAGAGUAUCGAGGGCUUGAAGUUCUGGGAGAACUGGAUUGAUGAUACACAAGCUCCAGGUGGUCGACAGCUGUACAAUGUGAUAUGAUUAAGAGUUUACGAAUACGGCGAAGUCAGACGACCUCUCUUGAAGUAAGUACCACAUUCCAAGUUUACGAUUCAUAAG